AUGAUGAAAAAGAUCAGCAGAGUUGCUAUUUUUUCAAUAAUAUUUGUGAUUGGUGUUUCGGGAAGAUCACAUUUGCAUAAAAACAACGAAUAUGUAAAUGUAACAGAACAUCCUGGGGAGCUAUGUUUGCGAACUUGUGUCCCCAAUGACAAGAGAAUAUGUUACUUUAAAUUCGAGUUGGAACUUUACCAAGCCAUGGGGGUUGCUUGUGGAAAAUGUGCUCAAGGCGUUGUGGAAGAUUGUAAUAAUCCUCAAUGCAUCGUUGGCGAUGGUGUGGAAAAAGGUGUAAUGAGUAUUAACCGACAGGUUCCAGGGCCAGCCAUUCAGACUUGCCAAGGAGAUAUGAUCAUUGUCGAUGUGGUAAACAAAGCUCACGGAACUGCAAGUGCUAUUCAUUGGCAUGGUUUGCAUAUGAAAGAUACUCCUUGGAUGGAUGGUGUGCCAUACGUAACUCAGUGUCCUAAUUUGUACGGUUCCACCUUCCGAUAUUGGUUUGACGCUAAGGAACCUGGAACACAUUUUUAUCAUUCGCAUUCAGGGCAUCACAAAAUAAACGGUCAAUAUGGUGCCUUAAUUGUUCGCGAGCCUGAAGAAGAUGUUGCGAACUUCAAUGAAUACGACUAUGAUCUACCAGAGCACUUUCUUGUACUUUCCGAUUGGAUGCAUGCGUAUGGAGAACAGUUGUUUCCAGGACUUCCAUCUACAACAACCGGACCGGAUGCUUUGUUAAUAAAUGGACGUGGGACUUUUAUUAAUCCUAAAACAAUGGAACAUCUGAAUGUGCCGGCAAGAAAGUUCUAUGUUAAAUCUGGAAUGCGUUAUAGAUUUAGGGUUAUAAAUGCAGUAAGUCAUGCAUGUCCAAUGCAAUUACAGGUACAAGAUCACGAUCUUAACGUAAUUGCUUCAGACUCUUUCAAUGUUGAACCGAGUCGUUUUGAUACGAUUGUUUCGAAUUCUGGCGAAAGAUAUGAUUUUAUUCUGAAUGCCAAUCAUUCAGGAGGAGAUUUCUGGAUAAAACUAAAAGGACUGGGAGCUUGUGCAUCAAAAGAGGGCUUUGCUUUGUUGAGGUAUGAGACUGAUGAUGCUGUUUCAGAUGCUGAGAGGCCCCAACCGCCAUUUCCACCAACACUCACUGAUACUCCCUUAGGAAGAAUUUUAAAUGAUCCUUUGGCUACUUGUUCUGGUGGAUCCGAUAAAUGUUGUGUCACGGAACUAACAGCUCUUGAUGAGGAUGAAGAACUUCGUACCAAAGAACCAGAUCAGCAACUUUUCGUAGCAUUCAAAAAUAUUCAAGUACGGAAUUCGGAAAUAUUCCAACCAGGAAGCUAUCCACAUUUUCAAAAUCCCGCUUCUACUCUGACAUUUGUCGGUGCUAUAAAUAACAUCAGUACAACCUUUCCUGCCUCGCCUCCUCUAACACAACCUUUAGAUGUCGACGAUUCUGAAUUUUGCAAUGCAUUGCAUAUGCCUGCCCGAUGUGAGGGAAAGAAAUAUUGCUCAUGCCACCAUCUAGAAAAACUACAAAAAGGCGGAAUUAUCGAGAUAGUGGUUGUAGAUGAAUCAGCUACUGCAGGAAAUAUACAUCAUCCUUUCCAUUUGCAUGGUUAUGCGUUCAUGGUUACGGGACUUGGUCAACAUCCAUCAGGUUUACCUAUGACUUUAAAAGAAGCUAAGAAAAUUGAAAAGUCCAAAGGUCUUGUAAGAUAUUAUAAAAGCAACAGACCACCAAUCAAGGAUACGGUUUCGAUACCAAACCGAGGAUAUGCUAUUAUACGAUUCCGUGCUGAUAAUCCAGGAUUCUGGGUAAUGCACUGUCAUUAUGAAUGGCAUUUCGCUUCUGGCAUGGGACUUAUAAUUCAAGUCGGCAGUUCAGACGAAAUGGUUAAACCACCAGCAGACUUCCCGAAAUGCAACAACUAUGAGCCGAAAUUGAAAAUGCCAAAUUAUUAGAAAAAGAAAGAGAUGAAAAAAUUAUUAGUUUUAACAAAACAAUAAUUUCAAAUAGAUUUCUUCAUUAUUUUAAAAAUCAUUCAAACAUUUUGAGAAAGAACUGAACCACUUCAUUAAUUAUUAAGCUGCUUAG